CUGAGACUGAACAUGAACUCACAUCAGAGGAGCUGAUUUACCCAUUUAUAUGCACUUAGUGAAGCCCUGAGAGAGACAUUGCAUUGCACAGAAACGGACAAACUGUGGAUAUUUCAUCUCAAACAGUUGUGUUUGUCGCGCGGCGGAGGCUGCUGACGAACCUUUAAUUCCACGAUCUUUCAUUUCUGUGGUUCGACUCUGUUGAAAACUCGACUUCCAGAGGUUCCUCUGAUCGAUUGCACCUGAUCGGAAUCAGACGGCGGAUUUUUGCCUUGUUCAUAUGAUGGGAAGAAGUGAAAAGACUGCGAGAAGAGAACGCGACGGGUCGGGAUUCUUACAGCAGAUGAUUCCUAUAAUAGUUUCUCUUGUUUUAUUGCUCGUCAGCAUCGGUGCGGCUCAAGAUGAAGACUAUCUGGGAUUGGGCGAGCUCCCAGAGACCUUCCCUUCCGACCCGCCCGAGCCCCUCCCACACUUCCUGAUGGAGCCAGAAGAAGCGUACAUAGUCAAGAACAAACCUGUCAAUCUCUACUGCAAGGCCACGCCCGCCACGCAGAUCUACUUCAAAUGCAACAGCGAGUGGGUGCACCAGAAAGAGCACACAGUGGAGGAGCGUGUCGACGAGACCUCCGGUUUGGUGGUUCGUGAGGCGAGUAUCGAGAUCACCCGUCAGCAGGUGGAGGAGCUCUUUGGUUUGGAAGAUUUCUGGUGCCAGUGUGUCGCCUGGAGCUCAGCCGGAACCACCAAGAGCCGCAAGGCCCACGUCCGCAUCGCCUAUCUCAGGAAAACAUUUGACCAGGAGCCGUUGGGGAAGGAAGUUUCUCUGGAACAGGAAGUGCUGCUCCAGUGCCGCCCACCUGAAGGAAUACCUGCCGCUGAGGUGGAAUGGCUGAAAAAUGAGGAAGUUAUUGAUCCUGCAGAUGACCGAAACUUCUACAUCACCAUCGACCACAAUCUGAUCAUCAAACAGGCCCGUCUGUCUGACACGGCCAACUACACCUGUGUCGCUAAAAACAUUGUAGCCAAACGACGAAGCACCACAGCCACAGUCAUCGUCUACGUGAAUGGCGGCUGGUCGACGUGGACCGAGUGGUCGGUUUGUAGCAGUCGCUGUGGGCGGGGCUACCAGAAGAGGACACGGAGUUGCACCAAUCCAGCGCCUCUGAACGGAGGAGCCAUCUGUGAGGGUCAAGCCAUCCAGAAACUGGCCUGUAACCCCCUGUGUCCAGUUGAUGGACUGUGGACAGAGUGGAGUAAAUGGUCAACAUGUGGGACAGAGUGUACGCACUGGAGAAGAAGAGAAUGCAGCGCGCCGGCACCCAAAAAUGGCGGGAAAGACUGUGAGGGGAACGUACUUCAAUCCAAAAACUGUACAGACGGUCUCUGUAUGCAGAGUUCUUUAUAUCAGAAGUCCUCAGAAACCAAAGACAAGAGCAAUGCUCUGCCUCAUCCAUCGGCCCCGAGUACAGAUGAUGUGGCGCUGUACGUGGGCAUUGUGAUCGCGGUCAUCAUGUGUUUGGUUAUUUCUGUCAUUGUGGCACUCUUCGUCUACCGGAAGAACCACAGAGACUUCGACUCUGACAUCCUGGAUUCAUCGGCGCUCAAUGGAGGAUUCCAGCCAGUCAACAUCAAGACGGCUCGGACAGCCGAUCUCCUAACGGCUCCUCCUGAUCUGACGUCAGCUGCCGCCAUGUACAGAGGUCCCGUUUACGCCCUCCACAACGUCGCUGAUAAAAUCCCCAUGACGAACUCUCCUCUGCUCGACCCAUUGCCCAACCUGAAGAUCAAGGUGUACAACUCGUCCGGUAUGGUCACGCCUCAGGAGGAUCUCUCCGACAUCUCGUCAAAACUCUCGCCCAAACUCCCGCACACCUUGAUCGACAGCGACACCAUCAACCGCCGCACGCAGACGCUGGCACGCUCAUGGGACCCGUCCUGCACCGCGUUCGGUUCCUUCAACUCUCUCGGAGGACAUCUGAUCGUUCCAAACUCAGGAGUGAGUUUGUUGGUGCCAGCAGGUGCAAUCCCUCAGGGACGUGUCUAUGAGAUGUACGUGACCGUUCACAGGAAGGAGAGCAUGAGGCCUCAGGUUGAUGACACACAGACGGUUCUGAGUCCAGUGGUCAGCUGUGGUCCUCCUGGAGCUCUCCUCACCCGACCCGUCAUCAUCACCAUGCACCACUGCGCUGAGGCAGACAGCGAGGACUGGCUCAUACAGCUCAAGAGCCAAUCACAGCAGGGCCAGUGGGAGGAUGUGGUGGUUGUGGGUGAAGAGAACUUCACGACACCCUGCUACAUUCAGAUGGACGAAGAGGCGUGUCACAUCCUGACGGAGACGCUGGGCACGUACAGUUUAGUUGGUCAGUCUGUGAGCGGCGCCACCACAAAGAGACUCAAACUGGCCAUCUUCGGUCCCGUCAGCUGCACUGUACUGGAGUACAACAUCAGAGUUUACUGUCUCGACGACACGCAGGACGCGCUGAAGGAGGUUCUUCAGAUGGAGAAACAGAUGGGUGGAAAGUUACUGGAUGAACCGAAGUCUCUGAACUUUAAGGACAGCACACACAACCUACGUCUGUCUCUGCACGACGUGCCACACAUACACUGGAAGAGCAAACUACUCGCCAAAUACCAGGAGCUGUCGUUUCAGCAGGUGUGGAGUGGAUCUCAGCGUAAUCUUCAUUGUACGUUCACACUGGAGCGUUUCAGUGCGAAUACAGUCGAUCUCUGCUGUAAACUGUGUGUGAGACAGGUUGAGGGAGAGGGACAGAUAUUCCAGCUCAACACCACCCUGUCUGAGGACUCUCAGUGUAUCGACACGUCUCUUUUGGAUCCGGCCAGUAACAUCACCACACUAGUGGGUCCGAACGCCUUCCGGAUCCCACUGUCCAUCCGACAGAAGCUGUGCGGGAGUCUCGACGCUCCUCAAACGCGCGGCAAUGACUGGAGGAUGCUGGCGCACAAACUCAACCUGGACAGGUAUCUGAACUACUUCGCCACAAAGUCGAGUCCAACCGGUGUGAUUCUGGACCUGUGGGAGGCGCAGCACUUCCCCGAUGGAAAUCUCAACCGCCUCGCCGCAGUGCUGGAGGAGAUGGGUCGCCAUGAGAACAUCGUAUCCAUGGCAACAGAGCACUGACACCUGUCCAGAGCGUCGGACACAGGAAGUUCCCGGGAAGUGUGAGAGCGUGAGUCACAGCGGGCGCCCAAGAUCGCUGCCAGAAUCACUGUGGCAGCAGCAGAGCUGCUCGAAACAUGCAAACCACUUCUGAUUUCGUUUAAUUCUUCAAAGAAAAGUAUCUUGAAAGGUGAAAAUAUAAAGAAGAGGAAAUACUGUACUGCUGCCCCUGUCUGUAUGAUUCCUAGUACAGUUUUUUUAUUUGUCAAAUUAGUUUCUUAGGAAACGCGACUUCUGCUGUCCAAAUACUGGACCUACAGCCCCCUCACCCUCCUUUCUGGGACGUCAGAUAAUCAAAACAGGAAAUGGGAGUGGCUAACAGGCAAUACAUCAGACUCAUUUUAGUCUUAUGAUUUCUCCUAGCUUUUUCAUUAAAAAUGGAAGUUACAUUUAUUCAUUUAGUAAGCUUUAAUCUAAAGCAACAAUGGCAAGCUGAAUUGACUUGAUUUGAGCAUGUGCAGGAUGUGAAUUAUAGAUAUUCAAUUUUCAAUAGUUAAAAUCCUAGUUUUUUAAUAUCAGUAAUUGAUAUCAGGCCAAAUUAUUCUAAAUUAAAUCUUGUAAUAUGUAUUAAUAUAUUUAGAUAAAGCAUUAAAUGCAUAAUGAAAUUGUGGAAAAAAAGAACUAUAAAAUCUUAAGUUAGUCUCUAAAUAAAUCAAUAAAUGUCCCUUGUAUUUAAUUUUAGCACUAGUUUGCAUCUGUUUUCAUUUUGGCCCUCCAAAUGAUCUGUCAUGCACUCAUGUUCAAAACCCAAUUAAUUAAUUAGCGCCCCCUAGAGGUAAUGGGGUAGAAAUAUUAAUAUGAAAAUAAAAGUCCUUCACAUAGUACAUAAAUGGGCAUGUCAUAUAUCAAAUGAAAGCUCUCAUUCUCAGGAAUGGGACUGCAUAGUUUAUUUUGUUGCACUAAUAUCAUAGUUUGAAAGAUCUUCAAAAGAAUCACAAAGUGAAAUAUGAUUUCUGUAAGUGAUCAAAUACAAAUGUCUCAUUUAUGCUCCGAUAACUGCUGCUGUAAGCCCUAAAUAGCCAUAAACUUUAUAUUUGCUUUUACCUUAGGCAGUUUUCUAAAAAAUGAGCCAUUUUUUACUUGUCUGUGAGCUUGCUUGUGUGAAUAAUCCAAUGUUAUAUCUUAGAUAUACAGAACAAAAUAAGCCAUCCAGAAGGAAAUGUAUGCUAAACAAAUCAUCAGAAAAAUGUUUUUGACUAUUGAUAUUCACAUCAAUAUUAUCUAUCAUUGAGAGGAGUAUCUCAGCUUUCUAAUGACACCUACAUUGAGCUUCUAGUCCACUCAGAGGCCGAGAUAUUCAAUGUAAUAAUGAGGGUGGUGCUUGAACUGAAAAUUAGACUGAAUGUCUAUGGACGAGCACAUCUGUGAGGACUAAAAUGAGUUAGAGCGCCACCUACAUUUCAGAUCUGUGUAUUGUGAUGGAAUGUGAUAUGAAAAAAUUAUUUUUCUAGUUCUUGCUCUCAUCUAGUGGAAUAAAAAUAAGACUAUUUGGAGGGAGAUGGAGUUACAUGUUACAAAGUUAGGACAACAAAAAAAAGUUUUUUCAAAAAGCAAUUGUUUAUCAUAAUAUUAUAAACACAUACAAUAUUAGUUAUGCAUAAUUAACAAAAAAAAUUGUGGGGUUCUCUGAAAAAUUAGGCCAUUUUUUUGCAAUUAGUCCACAGUAUUUGUCCAGCUUUUAAAUAUAAGUGUGAAAAAUUUCGGGCAGCAGCCCAAAAAUGCACCAGAGUUUUUUUAGUUUUUUUUUUUUUUUUAGGUGUUUAAGCUUAAAGUAACCCUUUCGAGUGAUUUUUUUAUAUCUUUAAUUACUUUUCAAUUUAUUAGUAUCUGAAAUCAAGCAGAUAUGUUAAAAAGGCUUUCUUACUAGUUAUAGUAAGAUUACAUAUAUCUGAAAUUAACAUUGCUUCUAGUAAAAAGCUAUAAAAUAAUCAUCUUUAAUUUUUGAUAUCUGGGCCUGUAUUCACAAAAAUCUUCAGGCUAAAAGUAGCUUCUAAUGCGGAAAUGUAGGAGCAGCUCUUAAAAAUUAGGGGCGUGUCACUUCUACUUUUAAAAAUCAUAAAAUUUUAAUCAAAGAGUAAUUCAUGAAGCAUUUUAACAUUUAAAAGUCGUUCCUAAACCCACGACUGAGGACUUCUAAAUCCUUAAGAGUGAAUCACAAACUAUCCAAAGCAUGGCUGCUGUCGUCAAUCCACAUUAAAAACGAAAUAUAUUAUUAUGACAUUGAUAGUCUAAAAAGGUAUCGCCAGAAUCACAAUGGAGUCUAUGUAUUUUAAUGUUGACAUUGACCUUUAAAAAAGGUAUUGCCUGAAUCGCGAGGGUGUUUUUAUUGUUGUAAACUUAUUUGAUGCAGUUAUCUCUCCCAUAUAUAUAUAUGUAUAUACACAUACAGUAUAUAUCAUUGUCUGUCUUUUCUGACAAAUAGCAGUUUCCUGUCUACCAAUCACUGUGGGUGAUUUAAAAGAAUGCGCUAAUAAAACGUGAUGUCAUCCAUAGCAACGCGGUCAACUCCGCCUUACUCUUAUCUUAAGAUUUCCUUAAUAAAACUUGCUCUUAUCAGUUUUGUAAAUAGGUUUUAAGCAAAAUAUCUUAGCUAGGAAAUCUCUGGAAAACUCCUAGUGGUAAGAUAAAAAUCGUUGUGAAAACGGGCCCGGGAAUGUACAUUUGAACUAGUAAUUAUUAAUGUAAAAAUAAUCUAAUUUUUACUAGUAAGAAGUGCAUUGCUGAUAUGUGAAAUUGGAAUUUUAGCUAAUAAGAAAUUAAUUAUAGAUAUCUGUAAUUGCAUUUUGAACAGGAGUGAAUGACAGAUGUGAAAUUCUACUAGUAAAAAUACCGACAUUUGAUAUCAACAAUGAACAUUUUUACUAGUAAAAACCAAAUAACUGAUAUAAAAAAUGUACAUUAUUAGCACUAGUAGUAAUUCCAUUGCUGAUAUUACGAAUUAGCAUUUUAACUAGUAAAAGUUGAAUUAUCUAUAAUUCAUAUCCUGCGUGUGAUUAAAUGUCAGAAGGACUUAUGAUAGAGCAGCUUAAAGCGCAUUCAAAGAUAUGUUUGAUCAGAGUGUUUGUUCCCUGGGAAACGAACCCUUUACAUGAAUAUAUUUCAAACUGCCUUUAUUUCUAAUCAUUUAUUUAGAUUUCAAUGCACUCUCAUAUCUGUUUUUUAUGUAUUAUCUCUUUCUUUUGGAUUAUGAGUCCUAUUUUGCGAUUGGCCACCUCAUUUGCAUUGUUUAACGGCACCAUCCAGUGAACAGACCCUGCAACUACACAUGCACCGUAACAUCACGCCUCCUGUAAAUAUAUGUGCAUUCAAAACAUUGUAACUGUAAAGUUUAACAGUAUUCUGUGAUUAUUUUCUUCUUAAUUGCAUUUUGUUGCAUAGUGACUUGUAUGUAAUCACAAUUUAGAAACAAAAAAAAACAGAGGAACUAAAGAUCUUUGAGUGUCUUGAGAUCUUCACGUCUUGGUUGGGGACAAAAACAUGGAGGAAUUACUGGACACUAUUUCAGGAAAAAUUGUGGCUAGAAUUCUGAUGUCGCCCCUCAUGACAUCAUCAGGUCCAGAUGUGAUAACAGGCACAUGCUGUUUUGCUCUUACCUUGUGACAUCUGCAGAUACUUGCCUCAAAUCCUUUUGUUUGUGCAGCUUCAAAGCUUCUCCAGGUUUCGUGGCGAUGGUAAGACACCUGAGUUUACGGAAAGUCAAUUGUUGCGAGUUGAAUGUGCAGCAGCGUUUGUGUGGAGAAUCAGAGAGAUGUUCAGGUAUGACAGUGGUACUGAACACAGGUGAACAGUCACAUACAGCAGUGAUUCUCAACUGGUUUUGUUUUUAUACUGGACAUUGAGUGAUGACCCGACACAGUACCAAAUAAUAAUUUAAUAUAGUCUGGGUUUAUUAUAUAUAAAUAUACAUCUGAAUUUUUUCCCCCUUCUGUCUGCGAACCUACAGUACCAGAACCCAUUUUUGGGUCUCGACCCACCAGUUGAGAAACACUGAUAUUAUCGCAAGUCCUUUUGACAUUUAAUCAUGUGCAGGAUAUGAAUUAUAGAUAACUAUAAUUACAGUUUUGCUAGUGAAAAUGCACAUUUUAAUAUCAGUAAUUGUGUUACUGAAGUGAUGUAAAUUCAACUAGUAAAAAACAUAAUUCUUGAUAUCUGUAAGUGUAUUUUUAUUAGUAGAAUUUCACAAUGUAAAAUGCACUCCUGUUCAAAAUGCAAUUACAGAUAGCUAUAAUUAAUUUCUUACUCCAAGUUCACAUAUCAACUAUGUGCUUCUUACUAGUAAACAUUGUAAUUUUUUAUAUCUUGAAUUGAGUUUUAUUUACUAGUGGCAAUGUUAAUUUCAGAUGUGAUUGUAGCUAGAAAGAAAGCAUUUUAAGGUUUCAGUAAAAGUAAAUAUAUGUAUGUUAAAUAUAUAUAUAUGUUACAAUUAAUUUACAGAUAUUAAAAAUGUGCAUUUUUACUAGUUAUUCAAUCAUCAAGAAUGUGCAUUUGCACUAGUAACAAUGUAAUUAUUGAUAUGAAAUUAUAUCAACGUUAAUAGUAAGAAGUACAUAGCUGAUAUAUCAAAAUUGAAUUUUUAUAAAUAAAUAUUUAACGAUGCUACUAGUUAGUAGUACAUAGCUGAUAUAUCAAAUUGGAAUUUUUACUAGUAAAAAUGUAUGGAUUCUACUAGUAAGAAGUACAUAGCUGAUAUAUCAAAUUUGAAUUUUUACUAGUAAAAAUGUUUGGAUGCUGCUAGUAAGAAGUACAUAGCUGAUAUAUCAAAUUUGAAUUUUUACUAGUAAAAAUUUAUGGAUGCUACUAGUACAUAGCUGAUAUAUCAAAUUUGAAUUUUUACUAGUAAAAAUGUUUGGAUGCUACUAGUUAGUAGUACAUAGCUGAUAUAUCAAAUUUGAAUUUUUACUAGUAAAAAUGUAUGGAUGCUACUAGUAAGAAGUACAUAGCUGAUAUAUCAAAUUUGAAUUUUUACUAGUAAAAAGUACAUAGCCGAUAUAUCAAAUUGGAAUUUUUACUAGUAAAAAUGUAUGGAUGCUACUAGUAAGAAGUACACAGCUGAUAUAUCAAAUUGAAAUUUUUACUAGUAAAAAUGUAGCGAUGUUACUAAUAACAUAGCUGAUAUUUGGAAUUUUUACUAAUAAAAGUAUAUCAAUGCUAAUAGUGAGACGUACACAGCUGAUAUAUCAAAUUGGAAUUUUUACUAGUAAAAAUGUAGCAAUGUUACUAGUGAGACGUACAUAGCUGAUAUAUAAAAUUGGAAAUGUUACUAGUAAACAGUUAUCAAUGCAAAUAGUGAGACGUACAUAGAUGAUAUAUCAAAUUAGAAUUUUGACUAGUAAAAGUGUAUUGACGGUACUAGUAAGACGUACAUAACUGAUAUAUCAAAUUGGAAUUUUUACUAGUGAAAAUGCAGUUAGAGAUAUCAAGAAUUUUUUUUUAUUAGUUUUUGAUAUCAAGAAUGGGUAUUUUUAUGAGCGUUCCACUUUAAGAAUUUGUUUUUAAUAGUGAAAACCAAAUUAAUUUCUCACUAGUAUUUAGUUCAUUGCUGAUCUUAAGAUUUAGCAUUUUAACUAGUGUAAAUUUAAUGUCAUAUCGUACACAUGAUUAAAUGUCGAUGUGGCUUUCCAUAUUGCUAUAAACAGCAGAUAUCACAGACAGCACUGUGUCAGAGAAAUGGUGGAUGCAUGUGAUAGUGCAGGAAAAAAGAUAACUGUAAAAUAUUAAUAGCCAUUUGAGUGUUCGAGUGUGAACUGAGACGGUGUUGAAAAUUACAUUUUCUCUUGUACAAGUUGUCCAAAUUUCUAAAGCUGUCUAUGCAAAUUCUGCAUCUUUUAUAAAACAUACAUACUUAAAAAAACGCUAGCAGUUGCUUUCCAUAGUUAUCAUACGAUUAUUAUAUUUAUAGUAAGGAUGUUACUUAUUCUUUGGCACGUUCAUGAUGUAAUUUGCAAACGCUUGCAUCUCCUCUGUGAAGUUUCUGUACAAUAUGUAAGAAAGAAUUUUUAAACAAGUAAUAAAUUAUAUUUAUAUGCAA